AUGGAACAGGAAACUCAAUACAUAGCCGAUCAGGAAAGGACUAUACAAGUUUUACAGGCAGGGAAGCAUAAACAGCUGUACUUUGCUGAACGAUCUGAAGUUUCAGCCACGCUUGAAUUUCGUGAUCAGAAAAAUCUUAUAUUAGGAAUGGAGAACAGAGUCGUAAGGCAGCGAUUAGACGGUUUAUCCCAGGAGCAUAUGAUAAAACACUUGGAGCAGGAUGUGUUGGAAAGAGAAAUCACAAGGCUUAGAACACUAUGCCAACUUCAUCAGCAUCAGAAUUCCAAGCAUUGCCGAAACAAAACUUGGGACAUUGACCCCCAAUUUGCAAGCCUCUCCAUUAAAAACCAGGAAGCAGAUCCCGGAACUGGUUCAGUUGGUGGUUCAGCAAUAAUUUUAAUUUAG